GAAAAUGAGCGGCCUUGUCUUAUUUCCUGCUUCACUAACAAACCGGUUGACAAUUAUACCAGCCUUGCAGGCUAACCGGUGAUUACAGUCAGAUCACAAAAUAAAUCCUCCGGCAAGCAAGCUUCUCUCUCUCUCCCUCUCUCUCUGUAUAGCUCGGCUUAGCAUUGUUAAUCCUCGAAAACCAAUUGUCCUCCCCAUUCUCUUGCUUAUUCCUUUUGGGCCAGAACUGAGCUCCCUGUCUCUCUGUUUAGAACUGCACUAUGGGUUUGGUCUCAAGCUCCGCAAUGGAACUUCUUUUGCUGCUUUCACUAAGCUUCAUAUUCGUUAAUGGUGGUGUCCCGACAACACUUGACGGACCCUUCGUGCCUGUCACUGUCCCUCUUGACAAAAGCUUCCGUGGUAAUGCUGUGGACUUGCCAGAUACGGAUCCCCGAGUCCAAAGAAUUGUUGAAGGAUUUGCGCCUGAGCAAAUCUCAGUAUCACUCUCUGCAACCUAUGACUCUGUAUGGGUCUCUUGGAUCACAGGUGAAUUCCAAAUUGGGGACAACAUAACACCGCUAGAUCCUGGAACUACAGCAAGUGUUGUUCAGUAUGGAAUGUAUGGACUGCCAAUAACUCAUGAAGCAAUGGGCUAUUCUCUUAUUUACAAUCAGCUUUAUCCUUUUGAAGGUCUUCAGAACUAUACUUCUGGAAUUAUACAUCAUGUUCGCCUCACAGGGUUGAAACCCAACACACUAUAUCAGUAUCAGUGUGGAGAUCCUUCUAUACCAGCAAUGAGUGAUGUAUACUAUUUCAGGACUAUGCCAGUUUCUGGACCCAAGAGUUACCCCAGCAGAAUAGCAGUGGUGGGGGACCUUGGUCUUACAUACAAUACCACAUCCACAGUCGGCCACCUGAUGAGUAACCACCCUGAUCUUGUUCUACUGGUGGGGGAUGUUAGUUAUGCUAACAUGUAUCUCACAAAUGGAACUGGGACUGAUUGCUACUCUUGUUCCUUUCCGCAAACUCCCAUUCAUGAAACUUAUCAGCCCCGUUGGGAUUACUGGGGAAGGUACAUGCAGCCUAUCACAUCUAAAGUUCCCAUAAUGGUGGUAGAAGGGAACCAUGAAAUAGAACAACAGGCUGAAAAUCAGACUUUUGUUUCUUACAGUUCAAGAUUUGCAUUCCCAUCUGAAGAGAGCGGAUCGUCAUCCACAUUGUACUAUUCUUUCAGUGCAGGUGGCAUACAUUUUAUCAUGCUUGGUGCCUAUGUAUCCUAUGAUAAAUCAGCGGAUCAAUACAAGUGGUUGGAAAGGGACCUAACUUUUGUUGACAGAGAAGUGACUCCAUGGUUGGUAGCUGCAUGGCACCCACCUUGGUACAGCACCUACAAGGCGCAUUACAGAGAAGCAGAGUGCAUGAGGGUAGAGAUGGAAGACUUGCUGUAUGAGUAUGGUGUUGACAUUGUCUUCAAUGGACAUGUUCAUGCCUAUGAGAGGACAAAUCGGGUGUAUAACUACACUCUAGAUCCAUGUGGUGCCGUUUAUAUUACAGUUGGUGAUGGGGGUAAUCGGGAGAAGAUGGCAAUUGCACAUGCUGAUGAAGCUGGCAACUGCCCAGAACCAUCUACGACACCAGAUGAAUAUAUGGGUGGAUUCUGUGCGUUCAAUUUCACAUCAGGCCCUGCAGCUGGUAAGUUCUGUUGGGACCAGCAGCCUGAUUAUAGUGCGUACAGAGAAAGUAGCUUUGGCCAUGGGAUUCUAGAGGUGAAAAAUGAGACUCAUGCUUUGUGGACUUGGCACCGUAAUCAGGAUAUGUACAACAACGCUGGAGAUCAGAUAUACAUUGUAAGGCAGCCUGAUAGGUGCCUGGUUGAACCCAAGGUUCCUAAGUGCUGAAAUCAGAAAGAAGUACGAAAGCAUAGAGAUAACCUUGGACUGUGGAGCAGAGGGGAGCGUUAUUUUAAAAAUGAAUUGAAGGUGCAAUUGGUUAACAUCAUUUUGCAUUCUCAACACAAUCUAUGGAUGAAAGGCAACAUAGAAGUAUGAUAAAAUAUUUUUUGUAAUCUUAAAAGAGAUUGUAAUUCAGUGAAACAUGCGAACCAAUAUUCACAGAAAGGCUGCUCUGGUUUCUUUGCA